GUUUCGUUCGUUUUUCGAUGAUCGAUCAAUGGCCGCCAUGAGUUUUUCAACAAAAAGUGAUUAAACAUUUAAAUCGAAUACAAAUAUAUCACAAAUCAACAGUUUUUUAUAUGUAUACUUAUGAAUUGAAAAAGUAAAUUCAAAUUUCGACUGAAAAUGUUCAGAUUCUUGAGUGGGAAAAGGAAAAAUACCACGCAAAAUCAGGGGGACAAGGUUGAUUCAAGGAAUAGUGCCCAUAAUAAAAACUUAUUAGUGUGCAAGGUGGUACUUUUGGACGGUUCUGAACUUUCUAGAGAACUAACGAAAAAAGCUCUCGCUGGCGAUUUAUAUGAACAAGUGUUUUAUUCACUGGACAUUAUAGAAAAGGAAUAUUUCGGACUCCAAUUCACAGAUGUAAAUCAUGUGAAGCAUUGGCUGGAUCCUAAUAAACUUAUAAGGAAACAGUUGAAAAUUGGACCUCCGUACACCCUUUUCCUAAAAGUAAAAUUCUAUUCAUCUGAGCCUAGCAACCUCAGAGAAGAACUGACCCGUUAUCAGUUUUUCCUCCAGCUCAAACAGGAUGUGCUCGAUGGCAAAAUCGAUUGCCCCAAACAAACUGCGGUGGAGCUGGCAGCUUUGGCCUUGCAGUCAGAACUUGGCGACUUCGACGAAACCCAACAUACCGCAGGUACGGUAUCUGAGUUUCGUUUUGUCCCAGAUCAAACGGAAGAAAUGGAGAUUGAUAUUUUGAACGAGUUCAAAAAGCUCAGGGGGUUGACCCCCGCGCAGGCUGAAAUGCAGUAUCUCAAUAAGAUUAAGUGGUUGGAAAGUUACGGUGUAGAUACUCAUAUAGUUUUGGGAAAAGAUGGGAAUGAGUAUAAAUUAGGUCUCACACCAACCGGUAUAUUGUUGUAUGAAGGAAAACAGAAAAUUGGACUAUUUUUUUGGCCCAAAAUAACCAAAUUGAAUUUCAAGAAGAAAAAAUUAACCAUUGUUGUAGUGGAAGACGACGAUGAUGGUAGGGAACAAGAACACACCUUUGUUUUCAGGUUACAUAACGAAAAGGCAUGUAAACACCUGUGGAAAUGUGCCGUCGAGCACCACGGCUUCUUCAGGCUUCAAGAACCGGUCAAAGGUGGCUCGACCAGACAAAACUUCUUUCGUAUGGGCUCCAGGUUCCGUUACUCCGGCAAGACGGAAUACCAGAGCGCUCACAGGAGCAGGGUCAGGAGAACGGUGCAGCUCGAGAGGAAACCCAGCCAAAGAUACGGCAGGAGACAGAGCCACAUCCUCAGAGAGAAACAGAUGAAGGAACAGGCGGCCAAACAGGAAAACGUAACUACGGAAGUUCCAACAUCUUCGGUGAGAUGCAGCGGAAGAUCGGUCAAAUCCAACACUUCCAUUAAUACUAACACAGACUCGAUAUACGCGAAGGUUAACGAGGAUACCACCAAACCGAUGACCCCGACGGGGCCUGAAAGUUUGGGGUUGGUUAGUCAGAGCAGCUUCGGGAAGUCUUCGAUCGAAAGAGGGUCUUUAGGUCGGAAUUCUGUGGGUAAAGGUUCGAUUUCUUCGGCGUGUGGCAGUCGGGUGUGUUCGCCGACAGGAAGUAAGACCGAUACUCUGACCAGGAAUAAGCAGAAGAAUUCUAAUUUGAUGUCGGGUAGCAGUUCGCCGGCUGUGAGUCCAACUUCCGAUCCACAGCUCGACUUGCUGAUAAUGAGUCUGGCCAAGGAAACGUUGACUGGGGUCAAUACGAAGACAGAUAACGACAUGAAUAAACUCGAAGAUCCCGACAACGAUUCUAAGAAACUCUUGUGCGAAAUACCCAACAACAUCAAAACGUCGGGUGGGGCUAAGCCUCUACCACCGGGACAACUCACUUGCAACAUCCUCAAAGCUUUUACCAAACAGGAUGAGUCUCCCCUGCUCUCUCCCUCCUUCGGCUCGAAAUUGACCAACCAGAUGUUCGUGGCAGCACCGUCCAACGACGAGAACAACUUGAAUUCCUUAAACGCCGCCACUUUCGUCUCCGUGCAGGAAAUAGGGCACGAAUCGUCCAGACUGCCCAACGGGGAAGCUCUGUCCACUGUUGCCUCUAAAGUUUCACCCUGGUUGGUGUCUUCGGAGGUCGUUUCGGCUCCCGUUACCAAAGUUAGCCCCAACGAAUUAACCAUCGUUAGAAAAUCCGUCAUAACGACUCAGCUCUAACGUUUUGUUUUUUUUUUCGAACAGGGUGCGUUGGUUCGGGUCCGAAGUGUCAUUGGUUGUCAGUUUUGACAGCUCGAGUUGCUAACCUCCAUCGUGAUAUGACGUAAUAUAACCUAAACAUUUUGACAGAUGGCAGGUGUGGUUUAAGUAAGUUGUUAGUAUUUUUAGUCCUGUUACAUCACAGUUAGAUGUAUUUGGCGUGGUAGGUGAUCCGUCAUCUAUUAAGUGUACUUAAUUCCAAACUUGUGAUAAAAUUCCUCUUAUUAGUAUUAUUCUGCUCUGCGAAGCAUUUUAACAAUUUUCCUUCCAGUUUUUUAUGAAUUAGGGAUGAAUUUUCCGAGUAUGUUUGAAGAAUGGAAAUUCUUGAUUUAGACGAGGAAGAGGUGAGGUCGAAAGGAGAUGAUUUCUUGAGUUUGCCUCUAGAGUUAUACAUAUUUUUUUAUUUUUGAGAUGAAUAUUUUUUUUAAUUCGAUAAUGUUAGACUCAGUAAUUUUAUCAAACUUGUAUUAUAAUUAUUUUUCGAUUUUGUUAUACUUGGUUUCUGAUGUUGUAGAAAGUCUAGGGGACCAAGUGAAUUAAAUACUUCGAAAAUCAAACAGAGAUGUGAUAAAAAUCGGAGAGUAUAUAUUUUUGCGACGGCAGUUUUUAAAGCAACUAGUGUAUUUCAGGCCUAUCCUAUACAAAAAUUGUGCCAUUCCAAAACUAACAGGAAGUUGAACGAAUUAAUGAUGACAAGACUUAUUAUAUCUCCGUCCUUAUACAAAUUGUAUUUGCUGCUAUAUGUAAUAAAUUUUAUAGUCUGUUUUAA